CUCCCGGGCAGUGCGGGCCAUGGGGCCUCCGCGCCGCAGGCCGCCCGUCCCCGCGGGGUCCGCCCCGGGGCGGCUGCUGCUGGCCCUGCUCCUGAGCCCGCUGGCCCCGGCUCGCGCGUCCCCGCGGCUCCUGGACCACCCGGCGCCAGCGUGCGCCCAGGAGGGGCUAAACUGCACAGUCAAGAAUAGUACCUGCCUGGAUGACAGCUGGAUCCACCCUCGAAAUCUGACUCCUUCAUCCCCAAAAGAUGUCCAGGUCCACCUGGACUUUGCACAGACCCAGCAUGGAGACCUAUUGCCUAUAAUUGGCAUCAGAUGGACCCUGCAGACAGACGCCAGCAUCCUCUUCCUGGAGGGUGCAGAGUUAUCUGUCCUGCAACUGAACACCAAUGAACGUGUGUGUGUCAAGUUUGAGUUUCUGUCUAAACUGAAGCAUCAUCACAAGCGGUGGCAUUUUACCUUCAGCCACUUUGUGGUAGAACCUGGCCAGGAGUAUGAGGUGACUGUCCACCACCUGCCCAAACCCAUCCCUGACGGGGACCCAAACCACCAGUCCAAGAAUUUCCUCGUACCUGGCUGCGAGGACCCCAGGAUGAGGAUGACCACACCGUGUGUGAGCUCAGGCAGCCUGUGGGACCCCAACAUCACAGCAGAGGCCCUGGAGGCCCACCAGCUGCAGGUACACUUCACCCUGUGGAAUGAGUCUGCCCAAUACCAGAUCCUGCUGACCAGUUUUCCCCACACGGAGAAUCGGAGCUGCUUCCAUCGUGUCCUGAUGGUGCCCGAGCCCACACUCAAGGAACACCAUCAGCGGGCCAACAUCAUGCUCACCGGGUCAAGCUCUAAUUGGUGCUGCCGCCACCAAGUACAGAUCCAGCCUUUCUUCAGUAGCUGUCUCAACGACUGUCUCAGACACUCCGUGACUGUUCCCUGCCCAGAGAUUCCAGAUGCUCCAGUCUCCAUUGCGGACUACAUACCCCUGUGGGCUUAUGGGUUCAUCACGGGCAUCGCCAUCCUGCUGGUGGGUUCUGUCAUCCUGCUGAUCGUUUGCAUGGCCUGGAGGCUACCCGGGUCUCAUUGUGAAAAAUACGGUAAUGACAGUAAAUACACAGAUAUCCAGCCCAAGACCAGCCUGACCCCUCCACCCCUGAAGCCCAGGAAGGUCUGGAUUGUCUACUCUGCUGACCACCCCCUCUACGUGGAUGUGGUCCUUAAGUUCGCCCAGUUCCUGCUCACUGUCUGUGGCACUGAGGUGGCCCUUGACCUGCUGGAGGAGCAGGUCAUCUCAGAGGUGGGGGUCAUGACCUGGGUGGGCCGCCAGAAACAGGAGAUGGUAGAGACCAACUCCAAGAUCAUAAUCCUGUGCUCGCGAGGCACCCGGGCCAAGUGGCAGGCCAUCCUCGGCUGGGAGGAGCCCGCCGUCCAGCUUCGGUGUGACCGCUGGAAGCCCUCGGGGGACCUUUUCACAGCAGCCAUGAACAUGAUCCUGCCAGACUUCAAGAAACCAGCCUGCUUCGGCACCUACAUCAUCUGCUACUUCCGUGACAUCAGCAGCGAGAGCGAUAUCCCUGACCUCUUCAACAUCACUUCCAGGUACCCACUCAUGGACAAAUUUGAGGAAGUUUACUUCCGGAUACAAGAUCUGGAGAUGUUUGAGCCUGGCCGGAUGCACCGUGUUGGGGAACUCACAGGUGAGAACUACCUGCAGAGCCCCAGUGGCUGGCAGCUCAAGGAGGCUGUGGAGCGGUUCCGGGAAUGGCAGGUUCGGUGCCCUGAUUGGUUUGAGCGUGAGAACCUGGGCUCAGCAGAUGACCAGGACCUCCCGUCCCUGGACGAAGAGGUGUUUGAAGAGCCACUGCUGCCACCAGGAAGAGGGAUCGUCAAGCAGAAGCCCCUGGUGCAUGAACCUGCCCCUGAGGGCUGCCUGGUGAUAGAUCUGCUUGUCGGUGAGGAAGGAAGAGGACCGUCAAGACUUGAACCUCAACUUCAGCCCCAGGGAGAGCUGAUGGCCCAGACCCUGCAAACUGUGGUGUUCCCAGUGAAAGAGGUCCCUUCCGCUCAGGCGGUGGAACCUGUCCCUCACACCGUUGAGAGCAGCACAGCUGGCCGGUUGGCCGUGGUGGAGGGAGAUGAGGCCUGCCCGCUGUUGGAGGGUUGUGGCCCUUGGCGCAACAGCGUCCUCUGCCUCCCCAUGGACUCGGAGGAGCCUCCCCUCUGCAGGACCCCGAUGGCAUCACCCAGCUACCUACCAGAAGACGUAAGGGAGCAGCUCGAAGGUUUGAUGUUCUCCCUCUUAGAACAGAGCCUGAGCUGCCAGGCCCAGGAGGGGUGGGACAGAGCCGCAGUGGCCCUCAAAGACUUCCGCACACCCUACGAGGAGGAGCAGCGGCAGUCGGUACAGUCCGACCAGGGGUAUAUCUCCAGGAGCUCCCCGCAGCCCCCUGAAGGACUUAUGGAAAUGGAGGAAGAAGAAGCAGAGCAGGACCUGGGAAAAUCGGCCAAGCAGCUCUCUCCUGAGGAUCUGGAGAGCCUGAGAAGCCUCCAGAGACAGCUCUUCUUCCAAGAACUUCAGACGAACUCUGGCUGGGACAGUGUGGAGCUGGAGGUGCCCUAGGGCCUCCCCAGACUCAGGGUGUUGAGCAAAGGGAGUGUGUGUGUACACGAGUGUCUGUAUAUAUGCAUCUGUUCAUGUGUGAAAUGUUUGCCUUUAAAUGUAGACCUUGGGCAGCUUCAGUGGCUCAGCAGUUUAGCACCGCCUUUGGUCCAGGGCGCGAUCCUGGAGACCCGAGAUCGAGUCCCACGUCGGGCUCCCUGCAUGAAGCCUCUCUCUCUCUCUCUCUCUCUCUCUCUCUCUCUCUCUCCCUCUCUCCUCUGUGUGUGUGUGUCUCUAAUAGAUAAAUAAAAUCAUAAGAUAAAAUAAAUGUAGACCUCUUGAUCCCUGGGCAUCCCCCUUAAUUUUCUCUCUCUGACCCUCUGGCCAUGUUCUAUCCCAGCAAGAAUCCACAGCCCCUUCCCAGGAGCUAGUGACAGAGUGUUCUUGAGUCUCCAUCAUGCAGUCAUCCAAUCAUCCAGCAUUGAUUUUGCACCUGUUAGGUGCCAAGCAUCUGAGAUUAACAAAGGUAAAUUGCACAGGUGCCCUAGCCACCAAGGGGCUUGAUGAUUAGUGAGAGUGACAGAUUAGUAAACAGGAUGGUCCUGUGCAAUGAAAAGGCUUAGUAGAGGUCUGCCCAGGGCUGUGAGGAUACACAGAAGGAGCACCUGGGCCAAGAGACAGUGGUUGGAGAGGGCUGGUCCCAGGGGAGGGGGCGGUGCGAGGUGGUGGAGAGGCCGGAGCCCCUGUUGGAAAAGGGCUGUGGCCAGGCUGGGGGGUUGGAGGGCUGGGCCAUCAGCUGGGUAGCCUGGCAUUCCUUUGAUGUGGUGAGCUGCUAUCCUGCAGACAAGGGUCCUGAGGACCAAACAUACCUGAAAGCCACCUCAGAUCAUUUUUGGAAAGGAUAGAAAUGUGUGGUGGGAAAUCUAACAGCAUUCAGCUGGGAGAAAAGUCUGAAAUCCUGAGCUCUCACUUCGGCGCUGCCGUCAGUGGGAGAGCUACGGCAGAGGAGUCUCUGGGACUGCGUGGCCGGGCCCCUGGGCAGCAGGGCCCCCAAGCUUGGGAGGCCCCAGAGCUGGGACCCCAGGCCUGAGUGUGAGGUGUGGAGGCCUCACAGCAGGUGGGCGCAGGAAGGCAGGGCAGGAGCGGGAGGCACGCAGAGCCCGGCACCUCUUUCGGGGCAAGGAAAAUAUGCCACUCUGUACUUAGGAGUCUGACGUUCAAAGACAGUAUUUGAGGAGAGAUGCUAAGGCUCAGUGUUUGAAGAAGUUUUUCCUGAAGUGCCCCUGGGGAGAAACUGGAGGCUUCUGUCUGCCUGGGGUCCCGGUGAACAAUGCUGGGAUGCUGUCUGCUGUGGACUUGGGUGUGCUCCGUUACCUGUCCUCGAGCCCCUCAGCUGGAGCUCCUGGCUUCAGUGAAGGGGGGAGGACUCUGACAGGUAAUGGGAAACCAAACAUCGCAGGUCCUGUGUGUGUGUGUGUGUGUGUGUGUGUCCCACACAUGCAUACACGUGUGCAAAAGGGGGAGUCUCAAUAAAAGAAUGAAUAAAUUCAUUAACUCUGGUAAGAA